AGGAUUUGGGCACCAAUUUAAAUCGAGGGCAAACGCUUCCUGUUUUGUUAACUGCAAUACACACGAGUGAUCGACCAAAGAAACCAAGAGCCAAAGGUCUAUUUUAGCACCUUUAUCGGGAACAAAGACAUCCCCAGCAGACAAGUAAAGUUAGUGGCUAAUCCGGAAGUCGCUGGUUUAACUUCAUGUUAAACUACAACCCAGUCUAACUAAAUAGUAAGAUGCCAUCCCGUGUUGAGGACUACGAGGUGGUGUUCACUAUAGGCUCAGGGUCCUAUGGAAGAUGCCAGAAAAUAAGACGGAAACUUGAUGGGAAAAUCCUGGUGUGGAAGGAGCUGGACUAUGGCACCAUGGCAGAGAGUGAAAAGCAGAUGCUGGUGUCAGAGGUGAACCUCCUGAGGGAGCUCAAGCACCCAAACAUAGUGAGGUACUACGACCGCAUCAUAGACCGGACUAACGCAAAGUUAUACAUUGUCAUGGAGUACUGUGAAGGUGGGGACCUGUCCAGCCUCAUCACCAAGUGCAUCAAGGAAAGGCGUUAUUUGGAGGAGGAGUUUGUCCUGCGUGUCAUGGCACAGCUCACGUUAGCCCUGAAGGAGUGCCACAGACGCAGUGAUGGCAGGGCAACGGUUCUUCAUCGAGACCUGAAACCUGCCAACAUCUUCCUCGACGUCAGACAAAAUGUGAAGCUCGGAGACUUUGGCCUUGCUAGGAUCCUGAACCAUGACACCAGUUUUGCAAAGACAUUUGUAGGGACGCCUUACUACAUGUCUCCAGAACAAAUAGACCGGAUGUCAUACAAUGAGAAAUCAGAUAUUUGGUCACUGGGAUGUUUGCUGUAUGAACUGUGUGCAUUAUCCCCUCCGUUUACAGCUUACAACCAAAAAGAGCUGGCAGAGAAGAUCAGAGAGGGCAAGUUCAGAAGAAUCCCAUACCGAUACACUGAGGCAUUGAACACGUUACUCUGCAAAAUGCUUAACCUGAAGGACUAUCUGAGGCCUUCUGUGGAGUCUAUUCUCCAGAGCAGCCUGUUGGCUGGUGCUGUUGCUGAAGAGCAGAGGAGGGCACAAGUGCGACUCCGAAGGAAGUCGGCAGACUCCGACUGUCCCCCUAACAGGCCGUCUGAACCGAUGCCCCCCUCUGCUGCAGAGUUCAGACUCAGGGAACAGGCACUGCGAGACCGAGAAAAGGCACUGAAGGAACGGGAGGAGAGGCUGGAGCAAAGAGAGCAGGAGCUUUGUGUUCGUGAGCGACUGUCAAACGAGAGGCUUGAGAGAGCAGAGGGCUUACUGAAGAAUUACGGCCGUCUACACCAGCAGAGGGAUCUGGCACCGUUCUAUGGCAAAGACAUAGAUGUGGAGAACCUCUCCCCUGGCAAGAAGAAGGUCCACUUUUCUGGUGAAAGCAAAGAGAACCAGAGGCCUGACGCCCGUCAGAGUGUGGCAUCCCAGGAGCUAAUUUUGAGGAGGCUGCAGGCGGCCAAUCUGCGCGCUCAAAAACUGAAUGAAGUGGAGAAGACCUGCCAGUUCAAGAGCAGGCAGAUACUGGGCAUCCGCUGAUCAUGCAGAUAUCCCUGUCUGACUUGUGACUGAUAUGUGAAAGCUUCUGAAAGCUGUAGUCAUAAUAACUGGAUCGUAUUUAAGUUUAAUUUAUGGUAAUCCAGUAGCUGUGAUGGUAGUGAAGCCAAAUGAUUCAAUCCUGUGUAUUGUCAUGUAUAUGUUAAUGAAAACUUUGUAAUUCAGAAAUCUAUUUAGUUAGAACGUUUGAUGUGUGGAUGUGUUUGUUUUAUAGCUGGUGAUUGUGAAUGUACUGUUUAUUCUUGCUAAAUAUAGGUCUAUGUAAAGUUUUCUCAUAAUCUUCUUAGCAAUAGACAUAAAAGGACUGAUUUAUUGUGACUUGUAUCUAAAACAAAAUAUGAAAACAAUGGUGGUUUGGACAAAGAUGAUAACAUAUGAAGAACAACUCCUGAACGGUGCUGAAUGAAUGAUUGUGAAGGUGAAAGUUUUUAAAAAGCAUUUCUUGACUCAACCUACUUAUUGUAAUUAUAAAUGAUUACAAUACAAUGAGAACAUUAAUCAUCCUGAAUUACUUCCUUUGCCAAAGAUGCUCAGUAUGCAAAGUAAAAUAUAUGUGUACUGUUUAUACAUGUAAAGGAAAAUGAAAUAUAGUUCAUAAAAAGACUGUCAAACCAACUACUCUUAACUAAAUUGUUUACUCCCACAAGGGGUCAUCAGUUACCCAUGAAAAGUCAGCCACUCGAUUGAGACUUGUUCGAAUGAUGGCAGUCAACACAACAAUAAGCAUUCACACCUCAAAGUCGUUUGUUCUUGAUUAAUAGCAGAUUAAAGGGCAUAAU